GACAGACACACACAAAGAGAAAGCGUGCAGGGUGGAGGAAAAGCAGAGAAGUCAGAAGAGGGGGAGGAAAGAGGAGGGGAAAAAAAAGCCCAAAGGAGACCUGUUUGUGGACUACUGUGUGACACGGGAGGCACCUCAUAAUCUCCUCGAAGAAAUCUGGACUUGAUCUUCAUUUUUGCUGAACUUGAAAGUAAACUCGACCAAAAAAAAAAAAGACAAAAGAAGAAGAAGAGGAAGAAGAAGAAGAAGAAGAAGAAGAAAAUGAGGGACUUGGUGCAGUCAAUAGAUCUAGGGGUUUCUCACCAGCGGGGAGGAGUAACUCGACCCAAAGCUUGGCUACAGAAUGAAGUAGUUCGUGUGGGACUCGCUGAACUCCUGUGCACAUAUGUCAUGAUGGCGUUUGGCCUGGGAUCCGUGGCCCAGGUGGUGACAGGACGGGGAGCGUUCGGAGAGUACAUCAGCAUCAACCUGGGUUUUGGACUGGGUGUUGCCUUGGGGGUCCAUGUUGGAGGGCAGGUCUCAGGGGCUCACAUGAAUGCAGCCGUGUCAUUCACAAUGUGUGCCUAUGGCCGCCUUGCGUGGAAGAUGCUGCCUCUGUAUAUUUUUGCACAGCUGCUGGGAUCAUUUCUGGCAGCAGGGACGAUUUAUGCUGUAUAUUACGAAGCCAUAUAUGACUACUGUGGAGGAAACCUGACAGUUACUGGUGUGAAGGCCACAGCAGGUAUCUUUGCCACAUACCCUGCACCGUACCUCUCUUUGCUGGCUGGAUUCAUUGACCAGGUGUUUGGCACAGCCAUGCUGCUGCUGUGCCUCACUGCGCUGUCCGACCAGAGGAACAAACCGGCAGCAGCGGGCAGUGAGCCCGUCGCAGUGGGUCUCCUGGUGCUGCUCAUUGGCAUUUCCCUGGGCAGCAACAGCGGCUACGCCAUCAACCCCACCAGAGACAUCGCACCCAGGGUGUUCACUGCCAUAGCAGGCUGGGGCACUGAUGUGUUCAGGGCUGGAAACGGGUGGUGGUGGGUGCCUCUAGUUGCCCCCCCAAUCGGUGGAGUACUGGGUGCAGGGAUUUAUAAGGUAUUUGUGGAAGUGCACCACCGUCCCUUCUCUGAGCAUGAUGAGGCACCAGUGGAGGAGGAGACUGCCCCCCUGGGGAAGAAAGAAAACAUCUGUGCAAACGAAUGUGUCUGAGACACAAGUGUAUCCCUCGUAAGGCCCCGUGAAACAUUCCAUGUUAAUGAAGGGUUAAAAGGUAGACCAAAAACAAAUGGCUCCAAUGGGGACAGAAGGACUAAAGAGACAUGGACUCAAAUAAGGGUUUGUAAUAUCUUGGGCAAUUCAAAUUGAUGAGUCUGUUACAGGAAGUUAAUUUCAUCAUCAACCUCAGUUACUCAUCUUGACUCAACAGGUUUACUUUGGAGGGACAGCACCACAUAUAAAAUACACAUUAAUAGAUAUUCUAUUUUUCAUUCAAUACUUUGGAGCAGCAACAAAUAUAUUAUUUUCAUUAUCAAUUAAUCUGACCCUAAUUUAGUCAAAGUGACAUCUUCAGAUUGCUUUUUUUUGUCCAACAAACAGUCUAAAACCCAAAGACUUCUCAUUUACUAUGAUAAAUGACAAGGAAAAGCAGUAAAUCCUUAAAUUCAAGAAGCCGGAACUGGCAAGUGUUUCACAUUUUUGCUUGAAAAUCGACUGAAACGAUUAAUUUAUUAUCAAAAUAGUUGGCAACUAAUUUUCUUUCAACUGACUAAUCAAUUAAACAGCUUCUCAUUGCAGCUCUACACAUCUAUGGCUUAUUGUUCCCAUCUAUGCUGGUUAAAGCACACAGAAACCAAAAUGUGCCAUUUGUAUGCACUGAACAUGGGAGAUGGGAAAAAAAGUCCACACAAUCGCUGUCUUCUAUUUCAUGUUUUUAUUGAGGUGAUAGCAGCUGAUAUAAAUGUCUAAGACACCAUAAAUGUCAAUCAGUAAAAUAAUUAACAGGAGGUCGCUUCCAUGAGACAAGAAACUAGUGUAUAUAAAGAAAAGUAAACAGCCCCCAUACAUUGCACUUAAAUAAACAUUUAUUUAAAAAAAAAAAAAAAAAAAAAUCAAUAAAAUAGGAACAGUAGAAGUGGCUCCUUGCAGCUUGAAAGGGCAGCAGCACAACCGAAGAUAAUUUACACAUUCAUCUUUCCAACUAUCUGGUGCACAGCAGCCUAAAGCCAGAACGUGUAAAUGUGUCUUGAUUAACUAUGUUGGAGCUUCAGAGUACUUGAACCAAAAACUUAAUCCUAAAUGUGUAGUAGGUCUGCACAGUAGGAUACCUUUAGCAUUAAGAGCUCUAAAUGGAUAACGCUAAGAAACGCUGGAAUGUAGCCUCCUCACAUCGCUUUGUUGAUAUGGAAUAUUCAGGGCGGAUGUUUUUAAGCAGAAAUCACCACUCAUUUUUAUGUAUGUGAAGUUUACAGAGCAUCAGCAAGGGAUUGUGGUGAUGUGAUGGCCAGUGACCGACCCCUAGCUGGAUGGUUUAUUGCCAGUAUUUGAUAAUGCAAAAUGUGAUUUGGUUGAGAUUUGCAUGCACCCUCUGCAGAUUCAAGUGAUCAUCUCAUUUCGAGUUUAAGACUGAUACAAGUCUACAAGCACUUUCACAGUAUUAUGUUCAUUCUUCCUGUUUCCUGCAAUUUUACAGUAGCAUAAACAUGGAAUCAAGUGUUAUUUACUUAAAUCUGCACUUGUAUAAAAUACCAAGUAUUGUAUGUAUAUUUCUUUUCUUGUAUGAUAUAUAAACCUUUGAAUAUGUGCAAGUGACAAUAAUUGCAAAUAUAAACUAAUACAGUGUCUUUA